AUGCCCAAGAAAGCGGGUGCGACGAGCAAGGGUAGAGGCCAGAGCAGGGGCCACGAGACACCGCUUCCUCCUUCGGGUCCCGUGGCCGUCGAUCCUAAAGGUUGUGUCACCAUAGCCAUCCACGCCAAGCCCGGCGCCAAGCAGGAUGCUGUAACAGAUUUGACCGCUGAAGCCGUAAGCAUCACCAUCGCAGCACCUCCGUCUGAGGGAGAGGCCAAUGCUGAGCUCUGUCGCUACCUCUCCAAGGUCUUAGAGCUCAGGAAGAGUGACGUGGUUCUAGACAAGGGUGGUAAAUCUCGGGAGAAGGUGGUAAAGCUCUUGGCCUCUACAACUUAA